AUGGCUCAUAGACUAGGUGGUCGUAGAAAAAAUGUGAAGAAAGGGUUUCAAUUUACCCUUAUGGUUGUCGGCGCGUCUGGUACUGGUCGUACUACCUUUGUGAAUACUCUUUGUAAUUCGGGUGUUCUUGAACAACAAAUAUGUGAUAAUCCUGAAGAAGCUCAUAAUGAACCUGGUAUUAAUAUCAAACCUGUAUCAGUUGAAUUGGAUGAAGAUGGUGUUCGUAUCUCUUUGACUAUUGUGGAUACUCCUGGUUUCGGUGAUAAUAUUGACAAUGAAAGAUGUUUUCAAGAAAUUGUUGGUUAUUUGGAAAGACAAUAUGAUGAUAUUCUUGCUGAAGAAUCUCGUAUUAAACGUAAUCCUCGUUUCCGUGAUAAUCGUGUUCAUUCUCUUCUUUACUUUAUCUCUCCUACUGGUCAUGCGUUACGUGAAAUUGAUAUUGAAUUGAUGCGUCGAUUAAGUCCUCGUGUUAAUGUGAUUCCUGUUGUUGGUCGUGCUGAUUCUUUAACUCCUCAAGAACUCAAGGAAUUCAAGAAAAGAAUCAUGGAAGAUAUCGAACAUUACAAUAUUCCUAUUUACAAUUUCCCUUAUGACGUUGAAGAAGAUGAUGAAGAUACCAUCGAAGAAAACAGUGAACUCAGAGCUCUUUUGCCUUUCGCCAUCAUUGGUAGUGAUGAAGAAAUCGUGGUCAAUGGUCGUACUGUACGAGGCCGUCAAUAUCCUUGGGGUGCUGUUGAAGUCGAUAACCCUCAACAUUCCGAUUUUGGUCGUUUGCGAUCUGCCUUACUUAGUUCUCAUUUACAAGAUCUCAAGGAAAUUACUCAUGACUUUUUGUAUGAAAACUAUCGUACUGAAAAGUUAUCUCGUACUGUGAAUGGUGGAGAUCAAGAAGAUGCUUCUUUGAAUGCUGAAGAUAUGGCUAGUCAAAGUGUUCGACUUAAGGAAGAACAACUACGAAAGGAGGAAGAAAAGCUCCGUGAAAUUGAAUUGAAGGUACAACGCGAAAUCCAAGAAAAGAGAGCUGAACUAUUAAGCAAGGAAGAAGCACUACGAAACUUGGAAGCAAGAUUGGCUCAAGCUCAAUUGGCCGAUGAAUGA